AUGGCUCGUUGGGUUUCCAAGCUUCGUUAUAGGAGCCUUGCUAUCCUAUUUAAUAUCCGUCACAACAUAUGUCGCAACGAAAUUAAGCUGUCUAAGGUCAUCGAGUUAAAACGCGAAAUCUUCUUCGCUAAGCUAGUGGAAGCUGUCGCGUUUCUACACUUGGAAGGUCUCUGUUAUCAGGAUAUUAAGCUAGAAAAUAUCUUAAUUAGAGGAUACGAUCCGCCAGAGGCGCUUCUUUCUAACUUUGGCUCUGCAUUAGACGAGAAAACCGUCUUCUAUAAUGACGGUGGGACGAUUCCGUAUCUCGCACCAGAGCAGCAGAAGGGUUCUAGGCACGACUAG